CAUCAUCAUUGCAGCUGCCUCGAGCUAAGCGUGUUCGGCGGUUUCGAGCGUUGGUUCGUGGCUGAUUCCUGGGAAAGAUCGUGUAGCAGAUGCUCGACGGAUGCUGACAUGGCUCGUGACCGGCCCAGCUCUUCGCGGACGUCACCUGCAGUGGCAGAACCCGCAACGCGUGCGGUAACCCGCGUCCCACUGCAUUCACGGCGGCAAAUUGCUGCACUUGCCGGCCGCUCAAUUUUGCCCCGCCGCGCCGGCGCUGUUGGCAAUACCUAUCGCUUCAGUGCCGUGAAAGCCGCCGUCCGGCGCUUCCUCAAAGACCCGAUAGGCCAGCCACUGCCUAAACCUGUCGAGAACUGCCUAACCGCACGAUUCAAGAAAAUACUGAGGGCUUACGCCACGCUGGUCGCCGAAGAGCUGCGCUUUCUGCAGCUUGUUCAGGACCUGGAAGAACGAUUGGCCGCGGCUGGCCGGGAACUGGGCAUCCUACAGGAGCGCCUCGCACAAGCCGAGUCUCAUUGGUUCAGCCAGUGGUGGAGUCCACGAGCAGGAGACUAUGCGCGAGGCCCGGGUUGCUGAUGCCACGGAUGCGUCACACCACCGUCUUGUGGGAGCAAGUACUCGCCAAACAUCGCCAGCCGCGUUCUAAAUAAAGGCUUUGGAUGAAAAAAUUACGACAGAACCCAUCCAAAGGUCAUUCUCGA